AAGAAAAAAAAUCGAGUUUCACCGCUAAUGUGACUCUUCUGGUUCUGUGUUGAAUUUGUCUUAAUUUGUGGCGGUGUAUUGUUCAGAUGGACAGGUACGAGCGAGUGGCGAAGCCUAAGGAUGAGUCGCCGAUUGCUGAGAACGAGAUUCGCAUCACCAGUACGGGUAGGGCGCGUAACUGCAUCACCUAUGCGAUGGCUCUUCUUCAGGAGAAAGGAUUAGAUGAAGUUAUUUUCAAGGCAAUGGGAAAAGCUAUCAACAAGAGUGUGACCAUUGCUGAGCUCAUUAAGCGAAGGAUUCCUGGAAUCCACCAGCACACAUCUAUUGGAUCCAUUGACAUAACUGAUACCUGGGAGCCUAAAGAGGAAGGCCUUCUUCCGAUUGAGACAACAAGGCAUGUGUCGGUGAUCACUAUAACGCUUUCGAAGAAGGAGCUGAACACAUCCGCAGUUGGGUACCAGUAUCCAAUCCCAAUUGAGUUGGUGAAGCCAUUUGUUGAGAUUGAUUACGAAGGAAGAGAUGGAUCACCUAGAGGCAGGGCAAAAAGAGGAAGAGGAAGAGGAAGAGGAAGGGGAAGAGGAAGAGGUGGCAGAGGGGACGGAUAUGUUAACGCUGAGUAUGAUGAUGGAAGUAUGGAGCCUGAGCGGGUACCUGGGAGAGGAGGACGCGGUGGUCGUGGAAGAGGAGGGUUCAGUGGUCCUCCUCCUUACUACGAAGCUCAACAAGAUGGAGGUGAUUAUGGACGCAACGGUCCUCCUCCACAGCAUCAUGGGUAUGAUGAUGGAGGUAUGGAGCCUGAGCGGCCAUCUGGAAGAGGAAGAGGGGGCGGGAGAAGAGGUGGUCGUGGAAGAGGAGGUUUCAAUGGUCCUCCACGUUAUUAUGAAGCCCAACAAGACGGAGGAAACUAUGGCCACAGUGGUGGUCCUCCACAGGAUCAUGAGUACGAUGAUGGAGACAUGGAGCCUGAGCGGCCAUCUGGUAGAGGAAGAGGGGGAGGGAGAAGAGGUACACGCGGUGGUCGUGGAAGAGGAGGUUUCAAUGGUCCUCCACAAUACUAUGAAGCUGAGCAUGAUGGGGGAGACUACGGAUACGGUGCUCCUCAUCAGGGCCGUGGAGGUGGGCGUGGUAGGGGAGGUCGUGGAAGGGGAGGAGGCCGUGGUGGAUUCAACAGAUCAAGUGGACCACCGAUUCAGGCAGCUGCUUAAGUGAUCGUUGAAUGGAUUUUGUUCUUUUUUCUUCAUUCUCUUGACUCUGUCAAUCAAAUAACAACAAGAUGUUCCGUAGCAUAAUUUCUCUUUCAUUUUGCAUUUAGGUUAUAUAAUAUUGUUGAUUUAUUUUAUGGAUGUUGUCUUUGGGAUUUCUCCAGUUUUUGUUCACUUGUAAGAAUUUUCCAGUUUUGUCUCUGUUUUUGAGUGUUGGAAUUUAUGGUAUUUGGUUUGAUGGCACGA